GGCUGUGAUCCACCUCGGGAGCAACAGCAACAACAAUCAACUCAACCUUACGGUCUUUCACCUUCCCGAAAUUCUUCUAUCUCAUUUCCAUUCCUUCACAUCAUCUCAAACAGUCUAUCUAGCGUGUCGGAAAUUGAAUUCCUGGGACCAGCAUCUACUCAUCAUGUCGACCGCAACCGCGACGGCGAUUCAGAGCUCUCGCCCACCUAUCGCCCCCAAAGACUUCUCUGCCCAGCAACCACAAACGAUCCGUCUAUAUCCUCUCUCGAACUACACUUUCGGGACCAAGGAGACGCAACCCGAGGAAGAUCCCUCUGUUCUGGCCCGCCUGAAACGCCUCGAAGAACACUAUGAGAAAUAUGGCAUGAGACGUACCUGUGAGGGUGUUCUUGUCUGCCAUGAGCAUAACCACCCCCAUGUGCUUAUGCUGCAGAUUGCGAAUGCCUUUUUCAAGCUACCCGGAGAUUACCUUCCCUUCGAGGACGACGAAGUCGAUGGCUUCAAGAAGCGGCUCAACGAACGUCUUGCGCCGGUCGGAUCGCAAUUUUCGGGCGAGGGCGUCAAUGAGGACUGGGAGAUCGGUGAUACACUGGCGCAGUGGUGGCGGCCGAACUUCGAGACGUUCAUGUACCCGUUUCUCCCUGGACAUGUGACUCGGCCCAAGGAGUGCAAGAAGCUAUAUUUCAUUCAGUUGCCCAAGAAGAAGGUCCUUUCCGUCCCGAAGAACAUGAAGCUCCUCGCUGUGCCGCUGUUCGAACUGUACGACAACACUGCGCGGUACGGGCCGCAACUAUCGGCGAUCCCGCAUCUGUUGUCCCGGUAUAACUUCGAGUUUGUGGAUGAGAACGAUAACGUUGUGGCCGCCACGCCAGGGACGCCUUUGCCGGACGGCCAGUUGCCCCGGACAAAGGUGCUGGCGGGCGACAGUGGUGAUGGUCAGGACGAGGGAAUGACGGACUACCCUCCUGAGGGCGGGGAGAAUGGCACGGUCGCUGCAUGAGAGCCCGUUGUGACUCCCAAGGGUAACCACGUUCUCUGUGCGGCUAUCGCUUCAGGGAUUCAGGAUAACAGCGGAUAGACGCGAAGGCUUCCUUUUUCCUCCCAGCGUGCAGCUCGGUUUCCAUGGGUUCUUUUUGCUUCUGCUUCAUAGCUUACAUCUUCUUUUCUCUCUGUUGCAAAAAUAAAGAUACGACGAUGUUUGCCCCCACCGGUACUGGCGUUUUCGAGGAGCGAAUAUAUCGAUGGUCCUUUUUUAUGAUGUUUCCUUAAUUUACAUUCCAG